GCUUCCUCGGGCUCUGUCAGUCAGGAGGCGGAAGUUGGUGCCGGCGGGAAGGUUGUAGUGCGGAGCAUCGUUGUGCUCUUGCUGGGUUCUGCGUGGGCGCGCCCCUGCUGCACAACCACGACCCGACAGCGAGGUUUCUCGGGGCUCCUCGCAUCCGGAUGAUUGUAAAGUGCUGAUCAGUGGCCACUGAAUAGAAUUGAAACAGAAUAGGAAGAUGGCAGCAAAUCCUUCAGGACAAGGUUUUCAAAAUAAAAACAGAGUUGCGAUUUUGGCUGAACUGGACAAAGAAAAAAGAAAAUUACUUAUGCAGAACCAAUCUUCAGCAAGUCACCCUGGAGCUAGCAUCUCCCUCUCCAGACCCUCUCUUAAUAAGGACUUUCGGGAUCAUGCUGAGCAGCAGCACAUUGCAGCCCAGCAGAAGGCAGCUCUGCAGCAUGCUCACGCACAUUCAUCCGGAUACUUCAUAACUCAAGACUCAGCGUUCGGGAAUCUCAUUCUCCCUGUUUUACCUCGCCUUGACCCAGAAUGAAGACGGCGUCUGGGUAAAGGGAACUCAUCCUAUCCAGUGGCAGAGCUCUCAUUCAGCUCUGUACAAACUGACUUGGGAAUUUUGGACAACUUAGUUUUUGUUUCUUUAAAGAAAGGAAUAAGUGAGUGAGUGAGAAAGAAGGGAGCUGGGAUGCUGAGGACUUUGGAAACUCGAUGGCUGGCAGAGUUGGGUGUGCUGGCCGUGACUACGUUUUUUGUAUUACCAUUUAACUCUUCACUCUCAGACUCAGAAUUGCUUAGUUUCAUAAAAUCUGCAUCACGUUCAUCAAGUCGGACUGAAUGUCUCCUGCAUGAAGCCCUGGGGUUGACCCCAGCACCACACAGACAAGCUCUGAUGCGCAGGCCUGUAAUCUCGGCUUCGAGAAACACGGGCGGGGGGAUGAGAACUUCCAAACCGUCCUUGCCCAGGUAGUGACUUUGAGACCAGUCUGCUGAGGAUAUGAGACUGUGCCUCAAAACACACACACACACAAAACAAAACAAAACCAAACAAAACCGAAAGAACCAUGUAUAGUCCUAAAGUUAGAGAAACGAGGAUGCUUUUUAAAAAUGUAAAUCAGCCGGGCGGCGGUGGCGCACACCUUUAAUCCCAGCACUCGGGAGGCAGAGGCAGGCGGAUCUCUGUGAGUUCGAGGCCAGCCUGGGCUAUAGUGAGAUCCAGGACAGGCACAAAGCUACACAAAGAACCCUGUCUCAACGGCCCCCCCCCCCACAAAAAAAAAAAACAAAAAAAAACUGCAAACAACAGGGUUACAUCGCAGACGUCUGUGGUUUCUGUGCUCAGAAGCAAUCCAGAAAUAGGCGGAGUUGAUAACUGGUUCUCCUACUCGGAAUUUUAAAAGAAAAUUACCAAUAAGACUCAAUCACCAACCAAUCUUAAAUUGUUUUCAAAUAAAUGCUAUUAUAAAUGAUGUGACUAAAUACUGGUAUAAAAAACAACUAAGUAAUAUGGUGGCUUUAAAUGUAUUUGUCUUCUCACUUCAUUUUGCUACAGAAGUGGUGUGUCUGAGUGGUUUUCUAUUUUUUAUCUAAUUAGGCAAAUUAAGGCCUUUUAAAGUCUUUUAAAUAAAAAAGACUUAAGCAAGUCACUCAAUAGGGCCCAACUUUAACAAGAAACUAAGGUGCUUACUUAGAUAUGUAGUUACCACUGUCUGCCCUUUGUCCUACAGAACUAGAGUGUGAGUAAAAUAAAGAGUGAGCCGGGCGGUGGUGGCGCACGCCUUUAAUCCCAGCACUGGGGAGGCAGAGCCAGUCGGAUCUCUGUGAGUUCAAGGCCAGCCUGGGCUACAGAGCAAGAUCCAGGACAGGCUCCAAAACUACACAGAGAAACCCUGUCUCAAAAAACCCAAAUAAAUAAAUAAUAAAAUAAAGUGUGGAAGCAUGGGUUAGACAGUUCUGGAACACAUCUUGCACACAAAUGUCAUGAUCUAAGUGAUACUUUGUAAGGAUCCUGAGGAUUGAAUCUAGGGAUUUGUAAAAGCUGUGCAGUGUUGUUUCCCUGAGCCAAAGCCCCAGGCCCUCUGCGACCCUGUGUAACCGACUGUCCUGCAUCCCCAUCCUCUGGUGUGGGGAGUUUAAACCUCAUGUUUUCAGUCGGGUCAACCUUCAGCCACAGUUAUGCUCCUGAUAGUCCUGUAGGCGUUUUCACCAAGCACAGAGGAAGCAGUAGUGAGCAGUCCUAGAAGACGCUGUGCCUCUUAAGAACGGGAACUGACUUGUACAUCUGAGUGAGGUGGAACUCUUCCAGUUGUAAAAGUGCCCCCACUGCAGGGCGUCCUCACAUCUGCCGUGUCUGCUCCUCUCCUGCCAAAAGAUCGCCCAGCGUCUGUCUCCUUCGGCCCUAGGAGCUAUGUCUGUUCUGUGUGAUUCCUGACAUACUGACACGGUUCUAAAUCUGUCUACUGAUACUAGGGAGAUCAGUGUGUGUAUAGUUUCCACUAUUGAAGCCUUUGCCUACUGUGUGACUUUGUAAUUUAGGUGCCUGUGUUCCUUUCCUGUUUCUGACAUAAAGUACCCUGAUGAAAAAACCUUAAGGGAGAAAGGGCUGGUGUUGGCUCACAGUUCAAGACACCAUCCAUUGGGUGGAGAAGUCAACGCAGCAGGAUCUUGAAGCAGCUGGUCAACCUCAUCUACCGUCCAGUGGAGGACAAAGAGUGGACGCUGCUGUUCUCUCCUGCACAGCCUGGCAGUGUGUAUCUUCUACCUCAGUUAAUACUAUCAGAGGAUUUGGAAAGGCAUGCCCAGAGGCCCAUCUCACAGGUGAUUCUGGGUUGUCACACUGAUAAUGCCAUCCCACUAACUAGAACUUUUCACUGGUCCUCUGCCUUGUGUAACAGAUACACAGAGAUGAGUAUGUGGCAUGUGCUGUGCGUGAGGGACAAAAAGAUCACUGAGACCUGUGUAUGGGGAGGCGACAUUGUGGAGGCCUACUCUGGCAUACAAGUAGUCAUAAAGCAAGCAGUUAUGGCACAAGAGAGGCAUCUUGGUGUACACUGCAGUCUGGAUAGGGUUAGAAGUAUGUAGGUGAUGUAACUCACAAGAGUGAAGGGUACCCCAGACAAAGGUCAGAACUGCAGUCCAGUCCAGUGGCUCAUGACUAAUCCUAGCACUCAGGUAAGGCCAGCCUGGGCUACAGAGUGAGACCCUACUCCCUAGCCCUACCCUCACCCCCCAAAAUAGUAUGAUGAAAGAGAAUGAGUUGGGUCAGGGAUGAAGCCUGCAGUGUUGAAGAUGGGAUUGGACUCAGUUGAAGCCCUUAAGUGAAAUGCCUGCCAGUGCUUUCUCUGAGAUCAUGGGUGAAUUUAGGUAAAUCUCUGAACCUUUUUUGCAUGCCAUGCCAUCUAUAAAAUGGGAAUGGCACACACUGACUGUUGUCUUACUUGUUUAGGCCAGUAUUUUUUUAAAGUACAAGUCUCAGCUCGUUUCUGAGUUAAGGCAGCUUAAUGGUUUAAUGCAUUGUAUCCACAUUAAAUAAAAAAGUAGAAAAAGGAAACUGUACCGCAUGUGUUAAUAGGUGCUUUAGUUUCGUGAAUGUUCUGGGACUGUGUAUGUGUAUGUAGUUUGCAUUCUAUUUAUAAGUCUUCAAGGGUAAAGAUUGUGGUUUUUCUGUCUCUCCUUCUCUUACUUCAUCUAGAAAAAUACCUGCUAUGUUGGGGUAUUUUUAUCUACUUAUUGAAAGAGUGAAUGCAAGAAUACGUACACACACCCAACCUUGGUUGCAGAGUAAAAUAAAAAAUUCUCCACCUUGUAUUUGAAAUAGGGUCUGCUGCUGAUGCUGGAGCUCACUGAUUUUGUUAGACUGGCCAGCAAGCCCCAGGGAUCCUCCUCUUAAGUGCUGGGGUUACAGUGCCUGCCAGGCUUUUAUGUGGGUGCUGGGGGUUGAACCACAUGCUUGUAGUUUACAAUUUGAGCGAUCUCCCUAGCUCCUAAAAAGAUGUUUUUGUACGUAUGUGUUUUGUUUUUUUGAGACAUGGAAAAUAAAAUUUGAAAGCCACCAAAUACUUGAGAUGACAGUACUUUUUAUGAUGACAGAAUAAAACCAGAAGGGCUCAGUGAUUUUAAAGGCA